CAAGAGAAGUGUCUUUUGCAUACUUAAGUACUCAGUUGCGGACUCUGUGGUCCCAGCCAAGAGCAUUGUGUGUUCUAAGACCUCUCCUAUCGGUGACAGCAUCCGCCUGAGUGCGGUUGGACAUGGGCAUGCACCAUCGUGUCAAGAAAGAAUACGCAAAGAACCGCCUCUUGUGCUGUCCUUUUCAUAUCUCGAGUUACACUGUAGUUGUAGUUCCAAUGGAACGAAGAUUCACAAAAACAAUCAAACUGAAGACGAGAGAAGAAGCAAAAACUUGCAUGUAAGUCGUGUUUUGAAAAUGAAAGAGAACAUAUCUGAGACUCCCGCGUUGUCAUGAGAUGGAUCGAGGCCGAGGUAAUGAAGCUAUGCGACCAACGACGUUCAACUUAUUUUCCCAUGAUAUGACGUUAGAUUUACAUAGAAGAAAGGAAAACAAAUAGUGCCAAAGAACUACAAAGUCGUUAAUUCAACUAUCUAAAUCUAUCUAAAUCUCAAUUUUCCAUCCAAAACGAGAUUCCCUAAAACACCAAAAAACAUCAUGUCGGCAGUGGCUUACCAGGCGCAGCAGCAGUACCAGAUGAUGAUGGCUCCUCAGGCCCUAACCAGUGGCAUGCCGGACCCAGCCACCAUCGCCAGCCAGAAAAGCGCUUACUUGCAAAUUUACGGUUGUGCAGCUUGUUAUUAUAAGCGGAAACACCACUACAACUACUUGCGUUAGAACAGCUUUUCUGGAGCUUACUUCUCCCAUUACCCAUAGUUAUUGACGAACGCCCGGUCCCACCUUCUCCAAAGAUACCUCUAUCAUCCUAGAAAGAUCUCCAAGAACUUUCAACCUCUUCUAACUCACGUUGGAUGAGCAGGUGAAACAAGGCACAACGGUCUUGGAGGCACAGGUGAAACAUCAGAAGGAGUAUCUAUUAGGACAAGCGGAUAUGCAGAAAAAGCAGUUCAUCAUGCAGAUUGACAUGGAAGUCAAACAACAGCAGAUGGCUUUGGAACAGGUAUUCAUAACUAGACUAGAAUUCACUCUACUUGCAGGUCAAAAAACAUCGUUUUUAUUACGUCGCACUAAAUAUAGACUUGUAACCAUCUUCAAUCAUAACAAACCCUUCCGCCUCCCAACCCAAACACUAAGCCCUACCUUAUUCCAUACAAAAAAAUUACAGCAACGCAUGGAGCAGCUGAUGGCUUUGCAGCAGCAGUCUGCGCAGCAGAAGGCCGCUCUCGAACAGCAAUCUAUGCAACUAUCCAUGGAAUAUCAGCAAAAAAAAGCUGAGGAAGAUAUGCAAAAAUCGCAAUUUGACAUGGAAAAGCAGCAGGCUGAAAUGCAGCUGCGCAUGAGUCAGGAAAUGGCGCAAUUCCAGUCUUUACCGAUUAUGAACAAAAAAUUAAGCAGUAGCACGGAUAAUAGCAAUUUACCUGCAAGAACUUCCUCUCAAACAAACUGAAAGAGCAAGUAAGACGUGUACUGGGUCUCACUAAUCAGUUUGCUUACGCAGAAAGAAAAUUCUUCAUGUACUGUCGUUUCUUGACAUGCUGUUGCGAGAAGAGUAUCCCUCUUUCUCCUAUACUGCUCUUUCUUCAUACUGAUGCACGGACAGCAGCAGCAAGCGGGAGGACUAUUCCAGGGAGUGGGAUUGUCGUUCCCAAUGCAGUAGGGGGAAGCGCUUCGAGAGAGUUUCAUUUCUAUUCUUGAAAACACAUUUCCUGUAGGAGUUUCACCUUUUAUUAGACAUCUUGUGGACACCAGAGUCAUUAAUCUAUUGGUCACGCGUGGUGGCUUGGCACAUUGUGGAGUUUAUCUGCUUCUAUUUUUAUUUCAUGAAGGAGUAUGUAAUGAAAAUUUUUGCUGUAAAUGAAUGAGUCUAUUUUGCCAUAAUGAAAUUUCAUGACGAAGUACGACUCCGUUGUGCUCCUUCAUGAAUGAAUCCUCUUGAAUGCAGAAGACGUUCUCCUACUAGGUUUGAUUGUAAGUAUGAUUGCAGCAUGUAUCUUUUCCGAAUCGAGAACUUACCACGAACAAUAAAGAAUUUCAGAUAGCUAAGAAGAAAAGCCUUAGAAGCUUCCAUGUUUUGAUUAUGAAGUAGUUUUGAGUAUGGAGAAAAGAAAUACGAAGUGAUAGCAUGGUAAAAAAAUGUGAUUGCAUCCACCUCGUCGAACUUUUCUAUCUCAACAAACUAAGUGGCGAAUAUUGUCACCUCUACCGCCAAUUGUGGGCCGGCCCAGCUGUACAGAAUGUCGAUAUUUAGUCUCUGAAUUGUAGUAUUGUUCGAGUUACCAGCGCAAGAACAGAGCCUUCGUUGGUGUCAGUAGAUUCGCAAUUUAGUGCUGUGUGAUUCUGUGCUAUUUCAAACAGAGAGUGUGUGGUCCCAGUCAAGACCAUUGUGUGUUCUGAGACCUCUUCUACCCGAUAGUUGUUACAGCAUAAGCCUGAGUGCGGUUGGAAGUGGGCAUGCACCAUCGUGUCAAGAAAGAAUACGCAAAGAAACGCCUCUUGUGAUGUCCUUUUAAUAUCUCGAGUUACUCUAUAAUUCCGAUUGAACGAAGAUUCAAAAAAACAAUCAAACUGAAGACGAGAGAAGAAGCAAAAACUUGCAUGUAAGUCGUGUUUUGAAAAUGAAAGAGAACAUGCCUGAGACUCCUGCGUUGAUGCAUGUGAUAAGAUGCUCGGAGCCGAGUUAAUAAAGCUAUGUUACCAACGCCCUCCAAUAUAUUUCCUUAUCCUUCAUGAUAUGCAUUUAAUAUGACGUUAGAUUUAGUAGAGGGACAAAUUAACAGAUAGCGCAAAAGAACCACAAGGUCGUUAAUUCGAUUAUCUAUCUAAAUCUCAAUUUUUGAUCCGAGAGGAAAUUCCCUAAAACAACAGAGCAACUCAACAAAAACAUCAUGUCGGCAGUCGCUUACAAUAUGCAGCAGCAACAGCAGUACCAGAUGAUGAUGGCUCCUCAGGCCCUAACCAGUGGCAUGCCUGACCCAGCCACUAUCGCCAGCCAGAAAAACGCUUACUUGCAAAUUUACGGUUGUACAGCUUGUUAUUAUAAGCGGAAACACCACUACAACUACUUGCGUUAGAACAGCUUUUCUGGAGAUUACUUCUCCCAUUACCCAUAGUUAUUGACGAACGCCCGGCCCCACCUUCUGCAAAGAUACCUCUAUCAUCCUAUAAAGAUCUCCAAGAACUUUCAACCUCUUCUAACUCACGUUGGAUGAGCAGGUGAAACAAGGCACAACGGUCUUGGAGGCGCAGGUGAGGCACCAGAAAGAGCAUUUAUUGGGACAGGCGGAUAUGCAGAAGAAACAGUUCAUCAUGCAGAUUGACAUGGAAGUCAAACAACAGCAGAUGGCUUUGGAACAGGUAUUCAUAACUAGACUAGAAUGCACUUUACUUGCAAGUCAAAAAACAUCGUUUUUAUUACAUCGCAUGACGCAAUAUCAACUUUAGUAUACCAUACCAGAAAACCACCAUAGCAAACAAAACCACCAUAAAAAACCCCAAGCCUCCCAACCCAAACACUACACCCUAGUACUCCUUUGUUCCAUACAAAAAUAUUACAGCAACGUAUGGAGCAGUUGAUGGCUUUGCAGCAGCAGUCUGCGCAGCAGAAGGCCGCUCUCGAACAGCAAUCUAUUUAAGACUUCCGGAAAAUCGUCUUCAAAAGAAUUCUGGGGAGGCUUGUCAAGGGAAAAGAGGUGAGAAGAACAAGAAAUCAAGUAAUCCCGUAAUUGUUAGAAGAAAUUGGGUCCAGGAUAUGCAUUUCCCGAUGAAUAUAGCCAAAAUCUAACCCAUGCAACUUUCCAUGGAAUAUCAGCAAAAAAAAGCUGAGGAGAAUAUGCAAAAAUCCCAAUUCGACAUGGAAAAGCAGCAGGCUGAAAUGCAGCUGCGCAUGAGCCAGGAGAUGGCGCAAUUCCAAUCUUUGCCGAUUAUGAAAAAGUGUCCAUAGCGGGGUUCAGUACAACAGAUAAGUAAUUCAACUCCUGGAAUUUUAACUUCUUCAAGAAAAUUUCCAUGACAAGUCACGCAGCUCAGAAAUGUCCUUCUCUUUCUUCAUACUGAUGCACGGACAGCAGCAGCAAGCGGGAGGACUAUUCCAGGGAGUGGGAUUAUCGUUCCCAAUGCAGUAAGGGGAAGCGCUUCGAGAGAGUCUCAUUCUUAUUCUUCAAAACACAUUCCCAGUAGGAGUUUCACCUUUUAUUAGACAUCUCGUGGACACGGUCAUUAAUCUAAUGGUCAAGCGUCAUCAUGCCUUGACAGCACAUUGUCGAGUUUAUUCGCUUCUAUUUUUAUUCCAUAGAGAAGUAUGUAAUGAAAAUUUUUGCUAUGAAUGAAAUAAUUUUGCUAUGAUUUUCGACUAAGUAGCUCAUCUUGCUUCAUGAAGUAAAUGAAUCCUCUUGAAUGUAGAAGAUGGCCUCCUACUAGGUUUAAGUUUAAGUAUGUUUGCAGCAUGUUGUAUCUUUGCAGAAUAAAGGAACUUACCACGAACAAUAUCGCAGUAUUAGGAAUUAUCAGAUAUUUAGGAAAUCGCAUUAGAAGUCUCCAUGUUUUUGAUUAUGAAAUAGUUUUGAGUAUGAAGAAGACCCAUGAGAAAUGCCUCGACCCAUCGAUUUAGACACCAGAUUUCCAUAAUGAGUCUCAGCAGCCAUAAAGAAAAGCGAACAGAAACAAGCACGCAUACCAUCUCAGGUUGUACUACAUAAGUUAUUCUGUUUCAACUAUUUGAACCCCGCUAGUCUGUUUUCAGUUUUUGAACUGAGGGUGAUGUUACAACCGGCACGCAAGUAAUACAGAAAUACGUGACGCAAUACCCAAGUAGCACAAAGAAACAGCUGGAAUUUUUCCAGAAGAAAAAUACGGAAUUGUACAAAAAAAGCUGUCACACCAAGCAAGCC